AUGCUGAUGUUUCUGGCCGUAGCUUUCAGUCUGGUCGCUCGUCCCGCCGACACGCAGUUGCAGCGGCAGUAUGUGUCGUCCCAACCGGUCAAUCUACGCCUGCUUUACGCCCAAGACAUGGCAACGGUUGCCGUGACACCUGAGGAUGCCACCUGUGGGAUGCAGGGGUCGCAGCAAAUUUGCUCCUUGGUUGACCCCAGGAUUUGUCAGAACUGUCUGGCAUCGGACCCACGCAUCUCCCACCUGCCAGAACUUAUCUUAGACCCUAGCAACAGCACCUAUUGGCAGUCUUCACCCUGGGGAGAUGCCUACCCGUCUCCCUUCGUCGUCAACGUCACCGUAUCACUGCUCAACAAGAUGUACAUCCUUGAAGGUGACGUCACUGUGAGAUUCCGGACUUCGGCGCCGGAGGCAAUGGUUCUGCAGAAAUCACGGGACGGAGGGGUGACGUGGACGGCAUACCAGUUCUUCUCCAUCGACUGCGUGGCCGAUUUCAGCAUGGAGGAAACAAACUCGGUUUCCGUCAUCGCAGACGUCUUAGCGCCCUCGUGCGUCAAACCUAGUGGAUCGGACGCUGAACCCGGGGUUUACAUGAUCAAGUUCGACCUGACCGGGAAGUUGAACCCGCUGAUCGAAAACAAAGAAUCCUUCUAUUCUGAGCUUGAGAAGCACGGACCUCUCUGGGAGUUUUUGACCUUGACAGACUUGAGGCUGGUGCUGAUGCGGCCGGCAAGCUCUCUGAGUGGUGGGGCUAGUAACGGAGCCAAGCUGCAUUAUGGGAUUUAUAGCAUCGAUGCCGCUUUGAGUUGUGACUGCAACCUGCAUGGGAGGUAUUGUGAAUUGGACAAUUCAACCAGCCAAGUCCAUUGCAACUGCACUCACAACACUGAAGGAGUGAGCUGCGAGCGGUGUCAGGCAGGGUACCAGGCAUUGCCGUGGCAACCAGGGUCUAAUCUGCCCUUCCCCGUGGGAACAGCCAAUGAGUGUCAAGUGAUGGCAGUGUUGUCCGGUUCCUGCCCACACAACAACUUCACUGUCAACCCAAAACACCCCUCUGUCGUGAAUAGAACAGCCCCAGGCUGCAGCAGCAUGUAA